AUGAUUAGCAAUCAAAUGUUGUUCAUUUUUGGUACUUUAUGUUUAUUAAUAUUAACGACUGUAUCAGCAGCACCAGUUAUGGACGAUGAAACUACACCAGUUAUGGAUGAUGAAACUACACCAUUUAUGAAUGAUGAUUUUUUCAAACAUGACAAAGAUGAUGUUGCCGCAUCAAACAUAGAUGAUCAUUUCAAAACAACUAAAGAUGAUGUUUUUGAAUCAGUUACAGUUGAUAAUGUUGUACCAGUCAAAGUUGAUAGAACUGUACCAGUCAAAGUUGAUAUUGCUGUACCAGUCAAAGAUGUAAAGGAACCUAUCAUUGUUCCAGACGUAAUAACUGAUCGACUUCUUUUUGUCGAUGUUAGUGUAAAUCCUUUUCACAAAGAUGUCAAAAUGGACGGUGGACUUCUUUUCGAUAAAGAUAUAUUUCCUGUUACACUAGAUGCUGAAGAAAGUCAUCUACUUAAAGAAUAA